GCGCCGAACACAGUGCGAGUAUGGCAGGCGGCCGAUCAAUGAAGUUGGCGUGUUGCUUUGUGAUUUUUCGGCAAAUUCGGGGGUGCGGCCCUCUGCUUUCGGCAACACUGGGUCGCUGCUGAUUGAUGGGCCAUGGGCAAGGAUCAGGAGCUGCUCGAGGCGGCCCGCAACGGCAACAUUCCCAUCGUCGAGAAGAUCCUCAGUCAGCGGGCCAAAAGGAGUGGCCCUUUGGCCAGUUUAAGACGAGGACCAGGCGCAAAUGUUCAAGACAGCAGUGGCUACUCGGCGCUUCACCAUGCUGCUCUCAACGGACACAGGGAAGCGGUGGAGCUGCUGUUAGCGCACGAGGCAUCGGUCAACAUUGUGGACAGCAAGGGGUCGUCCCCUCUGCACCUCGCCGCCUGGUCCGGCAAUGAGGACGUCGUCCGACUUUUGCUGUGCCGAGGCCCGUCGGUCCCUAAAGUUAACCUCACUACCAAAGAUAACGAGACUGCCCUCCACUGCGCGGCUCAAUAUGGGCACACAGUGGUAGUCGCACUUCUUCUCGAGCACGGCUGUGACCCCAACAUCCGCAAUUGUCGCGGGGAGACUGCACUAGAUCUCGCGGCUCAGUAUGGAAGAUUGGAAACCGUAGAAAAGUUGUUAAGGACCCACCCAGAGCUGAUACGGCAAUACGCUGACGCACCGCCCCGCACGGUCUUUCCCUUGACACCUCUGCAUAGAGCCAGCAAAAAUGGGCAUAAGUCGGUGGUGUUAGCACUCCUAGAGGCUGGGUUCCCCGUGAGUGCACUGACCCCUGCUGGCACGGCCCUUCAUGAGGCUGCCCUUUGCGGCAAACUGGAGGUGGUUAGGAGCCUGCUCGACCACGGCGUCUCCCUCAGCGCCCGCGACCAGUGCAAUAUGACUGUUCUCGAAGUCCUCGCGCAAUUUCCUGCUCACCUAACACAUGAAAUGUCUGCACUCAUUACUAGGCACAAACUUAGAAGGGAAACAAAUUCUGGGACGCUUCCGUCGCCUGCCAUAGGUGAAGACAAAGAAAACACGGAGCCCCUUCCUCCUAUUCCCAGCAUAGGCAGUCCGUACGAGAACGUGCGUCUCACCCCUAGAGGACGCAUGUCCGAAUCUCCAGGUGCUUCUUCGCCCUCGCAGUGGAAUUAUUACGAGCAAGAAGAUCGCAGAAUGAAAAACUUGUCUGACAACGGCGGCUUGCUGGCCAAGUCUCUGGACUCGAGCGGCUUUGUUUCGCGCUCGAUGGAAACGAGUUGCUUCUCGGCCAAGUCGAUGGACUCGAGCUACCUGUCCGAGGAGCUGUCCAGUUCUUCCAGGCUGUCAUGUUAUCAGAACCACGCCGUUCGGGACGUCGACCAGCUGAGCGUGUCUUCCAGCUCCAGCAUGACCGGGCCCUCCAUCUCGCCCAGGGAAAGGUUCAUGCCACCCACCGACAACGACAGGCACAGCCACGACAGCAACUAUUUGCCCAUGACCGGAAAACCAAGUGCCAAUAACGCGGCGAAAGUAUCGCCGACUCCACCAAAGAAGCCGCCGCGACGCAACCUGUCUGUGUCCCCAACGCAUAAUAAUGAGAAAAACUACGCGUGCAGCAACUACGAGUACCUGUUUAUGGCCCGCAGUGGCUCAGCCAGCGACGACAAGAGCCUGCGACGUGGCCGCAGCACGGACCAGUACAUUGAGAUGAGGACGCCACGCAGCAGCUCAGGACUACAGCUGCCGCUGUCCAGCAGCGUAAGCGUCGACGCCGAAGACCACCUGCGUCACAAGCGCAGUGACAGCGCGUGCGAGGAACGCAUCACGCACGACUUUGAGCCAAAUCACACUGAGAGAAGGCACACGACCAUUGGCCAGUACGACGGCGCAGUCCAGAAGCCGCACAACUACCCCAGACGCAAGCUGCGGCGCCAGUCGGACAGGCCGUACGAAAACUUUGAGCCUAGUUGUCCGGGCACUCAAGAUUCUGUGCCAACAUUUGUUUCUUCUGCAUAUAUUCGCCUGAGGCCUUCGCAGGAAAAUAUGGUGGAAAAUGCCGAGGCGGCCAAGAAGAAAAAGAUAUCAAAAACGCCGCUCAGCCCAACAAACUACAAGCAGCCGCCAACCCCAGACCACCCUCCUCCGUCUGCGGUGGAUGCAGAAAGAAGUAUUUACGAGAGGAUUCGGCCACUCAGUCAGGAGUACAAAAGGCGUUCCAAGGACAUCGAGACCGAGACAGAUGAGGAUGUUCUCUUCUGCUCGUUUGGUGCCUCUUCAGGGUCGCUUUCCAGUAACCUUUCCUCUGACAAGAGCAUCGACUUCGUGGAGGAAUUCGUCGGAGACGCACCUUUUGCUGGUUUGCUUAAAGGCUCGGUGCCGCCCUCCAAGGUCGAAGCCAUGGCCGUGGACUUUGGCCGUCCUGUGGAGCGGCCGAAAACACUGAAUCAAAUCCAAAAUGCGUAUGAGGUGCCCAAAAUCGAAGAUGUGGACAGCGAGGAAGGCAGGAAAAGCGCACAAGCCGACAAAAGUCUCUCCAUCCUCAGUCCCUUUGAUGAACAGGAAGAAUGGGCCAAGAUCUCUGAAAUCAUGGCUUCUUUUGGCACCGGGCUGGUCCGCGAGUCGGUGUUUGUUACAGAGCUGGAGCAGGAGUUUCAAACAAGAUUAGGGCUGAGCAAGCAGGAGAGUCUGACCAGCCCAAGUGCACCUCCGUCGCACGCCUCUGUUGGCGAGUGGCUCAGAAGUAUUGACAUGGCAAAGUACGAGAGGGCUUUUGUGAAGCACGGCUUUGAUGAUCUCGACUUUAUUAACGGAUUGAUCCAACCAUGUGACCUCAUUCUCUUUGGCAUCACAAGCCCAGAGGAGACGGCUAAAAUUACAGAGGCUAUCAAGCAGCUUCCAAACAAGUCAAAGAAAGUGGGCGCCAAUGGAGAGGCUCAACCAGAGACAGUGCGAUUGUGGCUCAGAUCCAUUCACUUGGAAAACUACGCAGAAACCUUCCAGAAGCACCUGUACAAUGAAUUCCAAAAAGUGAUGCGCAUUUGGGACGAGGAGAUCACCACCAUGUUGGACAUAGACAAAAUCGGCCACCGGCGGCGCAUUCUCGCCUCGGUGGGCAACGAGGCAGCGCUCAGUGCCGACAUGGAAACCUCAAUUGACGUGAAGCCCUCUGAGGAGAUGCCCGCCGGCACCACCAACAACACCGGCACCCUCCGCCACAGUAAGAAGUCCCGGCCCGCCCCUCCACCCCCGAUUGUCGCCCCGAAGCCCCCCGCAGCCAACGGUUCCGCAGCCGACCCAAAGGUCGGGGUUCCCACCAAGGUGGUGGUGGUCGAGGAGAGUGUGGAGGACCCUAAAGAGCUGACCAUCAGGGAUCCGAAUGAGCUGCUUGUUGGGGUGCCUUCCACCCUGACCACCCAAUGGAGGCACGCACCUUACGCACUGGUCAACGGAUUCGUCACUUACUCUGCAAUGUACUUGGGUUCCACUCUCGUGAAGCAGCUCUUGGGCACUGAAUCAACAAAAAAAUCAAUCCACAAGUUGAAAAAGUCGAUGGUGACGCGCGAGAACAAGCCGCCAGAGGUCUACCUCUCCAUCUCAUACCGAGGCGUCCAGUUUUUGGAGGCGGAAUCAAGAGAACUGGUGUGCGAACACGAGAUCAGGAACAUCCACUGCGCCUGUCAGGAUGCCGAUGACUUAACACAUUUUGCCUACAUCACCAAGGACCACAGCACCAAGGACCAUUACUGCCACGUGUUCUGCGUCAAAACCAUGGACCAGGCGUCUCAGAUAAUCCUGACGCUGGGCCAGGCGUUCGAGGUGGCGUACCAAAUGGCGCUCCGAGAGCAGUUCAGCCACGGUGGUAGUGGAUUAAAGCCAGGUCACACGCGGUCGCAGUCAGAGCACCAAAUCAAGAGCCACCACAAAGCCGGUCCCGAAGGCAACGGCCACUCGAGGUCGCACUCGGUCAACGGGGUCAUCCGGCCAGACGAAGUGACCGCGGGCGUGGCGUCGCGCGCGCCUAUAGUGUUUACUGAGGACAUGUGAUCUUUAAGGAGAAGCACAAGUAAGAGAGACUUCAACGGAAAUCUGAUCGUUCCUUAUUAUUUAUAAUUUUUACUACUCACGCACACAUGCUCAUCACGAUAUGUAAAGCUGAUUACUUUGUAAUUGGCUACCUAUUCCAGGCUAUAAUUGGGAUACAUGAUUACUACAAGUGAUUCUAAAUAAGCGGGAAGAGGAACAAAUAAGGUGGCGUUUUUUGGGCCUACACUUAACUUGCGACGAUGCAGGUUUCUCUUUUGGUUUUUGCUCAAUUUGAUGCGCGCGGGACAAGUUCAAGCACACAAAAUUCGAGAGGCUUUCACCGUUUCAAAGUUGUACUGAAGGGUGUGUGCAUCUACCUCCAGAAAAUGGUGCGUUGAAUAUGCGUUUGAGUAUGUUUGAAAAUGUGAAAAACACACACAUACACUCGUACAAACCACAUUAGGUGGCCAAUAAUGGAAUGGACAAUCAUUCUGUUAUUUUACCCUCAGGCCAGCCAGAAUUGUAUCACGGAUUAACUCGAAACUUUCAUACCUUUAAUAGCUGCGAACCAGAUUUUUCGUUUUCCGAGAGAAAAUAUAGAUUUACCACAGAUAUCUGUAAGGACGACAUGGACCCUGUUAAAAAUUUUAAUUCGCAAACGAAAAAAGUGCUUUCGUGAUAAUUUCAAUUGGUAUACGAGACACAUGGACCAUAUCAGUGUUUUCCAACUGUUGCGGUGUUGUCUGUCGUUUCAUUUCUUUUGAUAUUGCACAGAGAGCAUUAAGUUUUUUUGGCUUCGAACGGUUCCAUUCUAUUCACUCGCUGAACCCCAAAGAAGUGCAUUACUUCCGAAUUUCCGCUGGUGGAGAGAAGUGUUGGUUUACCCACAGUCGGCCGUUGUGUGUGUCUAGCCACCCGAAUUCCAAAUCAAUGUGUACCAACCAUUGUUGUUAUGUAAAAGCGAAUUUCAUAUCACGUGAUGUUGAUUUGCGGAAAGAGAUAUUAGCUUUCGGACCAAAAUUGAGUGUUUUGUACAACGUUAGGGCAUUAUUGGCCGAUUUGCUCGAAAUUUUUGGACUCAUUCAGCUGCUCGAUUGUUCUGAAUGCUUUUGUCACCAACAGUUCGCGCGUUUUUCCGGCGCCGGCUGCCUGUUUGUAAAGACCUUUGAUUCCAACGUGCUAGAUUCCAUAUUGUCUAUAUAUACGCAUUAAAGUGUGUUUGUGUACCUUACAUGUUGAACUCAACAGUGCAUUUAAUUUUGUUCAAAGUGGAUUCAGCGUUCUUUGUGGUUCUUCCAAAAAUACGAUUUGCAUUUCUAUAAAGUUUGUAUCGAUUCUUGUUUAUUUAUAGCGUGUCCAAUUGUAGCUGACAUUCUACACCAAGUCAAAAUGCACGAAUUUCAACGCCAAAAGUCAAAACAAAUGCCAUGCAUUAAAUAUUCUAGUCUUAAAGAUGAUUUCAUUAGUCAAUUGCGUAAUCAUUAAGUUUAUUAAAUGGCCAGUCAGCGCGAUACAAAUUAUGCAGUUGGUCCAAAGUUUUGGUUUUUAAUACAUUGUAUAAAUUAGCAAUUUUUAAAUUUUCAUCAGCGUAGCUUAUUAAGCACCUUCCUCAGAUAAAAAUCAUUUAAAAUAACGAUUAAAUAGUAAAAUUUAACUUUAAAAUACGCAGCGGUGCUUGCUAUAAUCAACUUUGAAGAAGCCAACUCACAAACACUUGUAAAGCUAAACUAUUGUUCACACAUAACACUCACAUGUAAGAUAAAUUAUGAAUCUAUUUUAUCUGUUCGCUCUUGUGCUAACACAUGCCUGUAAAUAACCCUAAUUAAAAAACGUGAUCAUUAGAAUGUGUAAAAUUGGAAA